GAUCGCGGCGGUUCAAGUUCUUAAUAAACCCAAAAUCCUCACCAAGCUAGGUCAAUGAAGUUGUUAUAGUACUGUGUGCUAGCUAGGGCUUCCUUUGACAAAAAUGAUUUACGACGUCAAUUCUCCUCUCUUCCGCUCAUUCCUCAGCCAGAAGGGCGGCUCCUCCGACAAGAGGAAAAUGGAGGAGCAAAAGCCAAAGGAAAAGAAACCCAAAGCAAAUGAGAAUAAGCCAAUCAUGACAGAGUAGUAGGUGCUCUUGGUUUAGGGUUUAGUAUGCUAUAGAAUGUGGGAGACAAGAGGGUAUCAAAUGUUCUAAAAUUCUAAGAUACUUGCUAUGAAAACCCUAAUUUGUUGUGGAUGUUUUGAACUACCAUAAUUGAUGGUUCUUCUUUUUGUUUGCUCGA